ACAUGUAUAUAAAUUUAUAUGAGAAGCAGGGAUUCCAAUCAGUACACUGGUUAUGCUAUGCUGGUAGCAUACGUGCAAUAUGCGACUCUCACGUUCCAUAGUCCAAUCGUUUUGAUAUCAUAUCGGGCAAUAACCGAAGAAUGCACGAAGUAUUUCAUUCCGUUCGAUAUGCGCUAAAAUAUGUGAAUGGACGCUAUUUAUCCGUAAAUCUAUAGUCUCUCGCAUUCGAAUGCUAAUCUUUUUUGUAGGGAUAUAUUAUUACUCGAUCUCCGACAUUGGUACAUCAUUCAUAUCUCGAUCUGUUAACAACCCGAGUUCCUCGGGGAGCAGUUGAAUGGCGAAUACAUCACUUCUGCCGCGGAGACAAAGUCUGGUCCCGUUCAUAUGUUUCUGUGUUAUGAUUUUUACCCUACCUUCAAGCCAGGGGGGCAACGUCCUCAUCACCACAAGUCUGGGGGAAGGUUCACAUUAUUUUGUUGGGAAGACGAUCGGAAAGUACCUGGUGAAACAUGGUCAUAAUGUAACGAUGCUAGUCAGCAAAGCUUAUGCUCAUCGGGCUGAAAAUCCAGAUGACGCGGAACUGAAUUUCAUCGUUUUUCAUCAGUCAGCCGAGCAGAUUGAGUCAGUGAAAGAAAGACAUUUGUCCUACUCAAAGAAUGCACUAGAACCGAGUGGCGCGGCGUACUUGUAUAAACUCAUUCAAGCACAUCGGAAGGGGGCCGCCGACGACUGCGAUGAGCUCCUCGGACAGAACCCCGACGUCAUGCGCCGACUCGAAGAGGGGAACUUCGACGUGGUCGUCUACGACAUGAUCUGGUUGUGCAGCUUGUUGUUGGCAAUGAAACUGAACGUGCCCGCUGUGUUAUCCUCCCCCAUGGCUGCCCCGACGAUGCUCUCCAUGUACGCGGGAAACCCCGUGAAUCUGGCAUCCACUCCCGAUGUAAUGAAUGGUUAUAAUAACAAAAUGACAUUCUUCCAGCGUGUAAACAACGUGCUCGCCAACCGAGUUUUAUAUUCGGUAUUGGAGUACCAUCAUGUACCGUACAAUAGUAUCAGAGAACGACACCAGAUCAGACCGGAUUUAUCCGGUUCUAUCUCGAAUUUGGUCGGGACCUAUACCGAUCUGUUCCUGGUCAAUCUGGAUUUCGCCGUUGAGUUCCCGCUCCCGCUCAACCCGAACAUCAUCACCAUGGGGGGUAUCACGGCCAGGCCGGCAUCACCUUUACCAAAUGACUUGGAAGCAUUCAUGCAGUCCUCUGGCGAUGGGGGCGUCAUCUUGUUCACUCUGGGUAGCUACGUCACGCAUAUCAAGCCGGAAUUCCUGGAGCCGUUCGCAGAGGUCUUCCAGCGAUAUCCGCAGCAGAAGAUCCUGUGGCAGUUGGCAGGUGAACCCAAGUUCAAACUGCCACCGAACGUGAAGACGAUGCCGUGGCUGCCACAGAAUGAUAUCUUAGGUCACCCAAAGACGCGUCUCUUCAUUUUCCACGGUGGCAACAACGGGUUCUACGAGACCGUGUACCAUGGUGUACCCGCCAUCAUAAUACCCCUGACCGGGGACGCCAUCGACCAAGGGGUUCGACUGAAACACCACGGUUUCGGUAUCGUCCUUGACAAAACCAAUGUGACUGUGGACAUCCUGCGGGUCGCCAUAGAUACCAUUCUCAACAAUGAUAGUUAUUCCGAGGCGGCAAAACUACUGUCCUCGCGUCUACGAAGCAGGUCGAUGCAUCCGGGUGAUCGCGCUGCAUUCUGGAUCAACCACGUGAUCAAACAUGGCGGCAGCUACAUGAGAAGUCCACUCAUAGAACUCAACUUCAUACAGCGAAAUCUGCUUGAUGUCAUAGCGUUUUUCUUGGCCGUAAUAUCAGUAAUUCUCGUGAUAUCUUGUUAUUGUAUGAAAUGUACGUUCCGAUGCUGUAAGCGAAUGUGUUUCACUACCAAAGAAAAACAUGACUGAAAAUUAGAAAUACUACCUCGGCUUAUUUUUAUUUUCUUUUGUAAUAGAAUGGCCAUCCCAUAAUCGCGAGUAUCAAAAGAGAUAAGUCAUGCUGCCAAAUAAUAAAAAUGGCCUUAAAGUAAUGCCUAACCUAGCUCUACAUGCCCUCCCAACUUUAUUUCUUAAAUGGUGAAGAAAGGAGGAAAAUU